AUGAGUUUGAAACGGCGUAAUGAAAGUAGAAGUCUUAUACCAAUUGGUCCUCAACCACCAUAUAAACAAGCUCGUAUCAGUGAAAAUAAUCAACAAAUUGUUUCAACUCAUUCACGUACAUCAAAAUUAGCAGCACCAAUUUAUGCUAUUACAAGGACAUGAAGGUGAAAUAUAUUCUUGUAAAUUUCAUCCUGAUGGUGAAAUCAUGGCAUCGGCUGGAUUCGAUAGAAAAAUAUUCUUAUGGAAUGUUUAUGAUCAAUGUUAUAAUUGGUACAGUGCGC